AGUACCAGUCACGUACUGACAGCCUAACCCAGAGCCGUCUGAACACAGACUUGACGCCCCUUGUUGACUGAAUGACAGCUGGUUCCGCGUGCUCUUGUGAGUGAGCUGAAACAGCAGCGCGAGGUGAAGACGACCUGGUGUACCGGAAGCGGAUAGAGAUGUUUUGGAGCUCAGCAGGUCGGCCGCGAUGUGUUGGACUUCUGCGUUGCUGUUCCCUCACAGUCAGUCCCAGGACACCCACGACCCCUCGAUGCCCUCUGGAAGCACAGUUCUUCUCCAUCUCCGCCCCCACGAAGUCUCCAACACACGAGGAGGUGAACCAGCCUCUGAAGCAGUGGGCUGUGGCGGUGAGCCCCUUCUGCACUGUGAGGGCACGGCUAGGCUGCAGCAUCUCCAUCGGUCCGCUGGACCCGCACACACACCCCGAGGCGGACCGGGUCUUCAUCACAGUUCACGGAGCGGACAGCGAGCAGCAGGUCGGCCCGGAUCACUUGCACGUCCACUAUGACGAGCGGAGCAAAGAGUUGCUCAUCUCAGCCGAGAAGGUUAAGAGCAGCGUGUCGAUUGAUCUGGCUGCGCCUAUCAAAAGUAAUCUCUUCAUUACCACUCAAGGAAAAGGUAACGUGCAAGUGAAGAAAAUGGAGUGUGAUAUCUGCAAAGUGCAAACGGAGAAGGGCGACUGUUUGCUGCACUCUGUCAAGGGUCAUCAGGUUGAGGUCCAUUCCCGUGGAGGACAUGUCACAGGUGUGGGCACUAUCCAUGGCAAUGUGGACAUCAGCACAUGUGGAGACAGUGGAGUGGAUGUCAAAAAGCUUCAGGGUACCACAAUGAAUAUUUCAACAGAACGUGGCCCUCUGAAGGUCAAAGCCAUAUAUGCUGAAUCCAGCUGCGUCUCCUCGUGCUCUGGGAGAGUAGAAGUGGGCAAUGUACACGGUGACGCCACUGUGAAGAACGGGUCUGGAGAUACAGUUAUUGAUGGUUCGAAUAGUUUCCUUCAGGUUUCCUCUCACAGCGGAGGCAUUGAUGUCUAUGUGGGAGACGGUGGCAGCGCUGAACUCCACAGUCAGGAAGGAGCGGUGUGUGUGCGUGUCCCCUCCUCGUUGAAAGCUGCGAUGGAGCUCUGUGGCACGUCGGUGGACAUCAGCCCAGAAGUUGUUCUGCAUGGAGUAAAAAACAACACCGCUGAAGGCCAAACCACAGUUACUGGCUAUAUCAAUGGAAAGCCCCCCGUUGACCAGUGGGUUAAAGCUCAGGCAGACAGAAACUCCGUCAGACUGAAAACACAAAGCUGGUUUGAAUCCCUGAAGCUGGGGAGCUGAGUUAUGAAGUUUAUACUUACAGAGCCAGAUAUGUUCUAUCACUCAAGAAUGGACGUAACUUUACCUCACUUACUCUCAUACACACACACACAGUGUAUACAAGUCUGUGCUCAGGAUAUACUGUACUUUAAAUAAAUACAUCAUAUAUCAACUAUAGUAUUUAACAGAUAUCCUGUAUGCGUUAAAAGAAACAAUCACUGUACAUACAAUGCGUUUUGAAAGCAUACUAUUUGACUGCACAUCAGUGUUGGUCUGUGAUGAACUGUGAAUGGUUUGAAUGGGAAAUAUUGCCAGCGAUUGAAUGUCCUCUGUGUGGUGUGUAAAUACAAAAACAAAAUGUAAGUCCCUAACAACAGAAACAAAUAAAAUCAAGUCAAAUGCAA